GACUGUCGCGGCCAUGGCGCAUGCGGAGCCCAUGAUGGUCAAGAACACGUUCCUAGAGAUCUCGGACGGCAGCAGCGGUUUGAGCGACAUGUACCGACAGAUCUCCGAGCCGACGAUGACGACACCAUCGUGCUGGAGCCGCAAGGUCAGCUUCGAGGACGGCAGAACCAGCAUCCCCCUGAGCGACAUGGUCCGAGAGAUCCCGUAUCCGGUGAAGACGUCGACUUGCUGGAGUCGCCAGGUGAGCGAAGAGUCAAUGGCCGCGGGGGGCUUCAAAUCCAGGG